CGGCAUUGACCAUGUCACAGCGUGCGAUGGCAAUGUCGCGAUCCAUGGUGAUGCUGGCACUUUGUUCAGUGAGCCGAUCUUCCGCAUUUAUCCCGGGAGGACCUGCAGCACGCCGCUUUUACUCGACGCAUGCCCUGAGCCGCACGAGGGUAGGCCGUUUGCUGGCGGUCGAGUCAGAGACAGUCGCAGUUCCUGCGAGCGUCACGGCCGAGGCGAAUGAACCUGUGAGCGUCAAGUCCCCGUUCCUGCAGACGCUUGUUGAACGAGGGUUCUAUCACCAGUGCACAAACGUCGAAGGACUUGACGAGAAGUUGCGGGCCGGCGAGGUCGUUAAGGCCUACCUUGGUUUCGACGCAACGGCGGACAGCCUUCAUGUUGGGAGUCUGUUACAGAUUAUGAUCUUGCGACACCUUCAGAAGGCAGGCCACCAGCCAAUAGUACUUGUAGGGGGGGGUACAACCAAAAUCGGAGAUCCGUCGGGAAAGGACGAAGCUCGACAGCUCCUCGAUGAUGCAGCAAUCCAGCGGAAUAUCGACGGACUCGCCAGCGUUUUUUCCAAGUUCCUGACGUUCGGGGACGGCCCUACGGACGCCAAGCUCGUCAAUAACAACGAGUGGUUGAACCAGUUAUCGUACCUCGACUUUCUGCGAGAGUACGGCCCGCAUUUCACGAUCAACCGCAUGAUGACGUACGAUAGUGUUCGCCUACGGUUGGAACGUGAGCAGCCGCUGACCUUCUUGGAGUUCAACUAUAUGUUGCUGCAGGCGUACGACUUCACCGAACUCUACCGUCGCUACGGGUGCGUUUUGCAGAUGGGCGGCUCGGACCAGUGGGGCAAUAUGGUGAACGGCGUGGAUUUGGGGCGGCGAGUGGAAAAGGCAGAAUUGUUUGCUCUGACUGCUCCGCUUAUCACCACAUCUGAGGGCAAGAAGAUGGGGAAGUCAGCUGCUGGCGCCGUAUGGUUGAACGCAGACAAACUUCCAGAGUACGACUACUGGCAGUUCUGGCGUAACACGGAUGACGCUGAUGUCAUUCGUUUUUUGAAGCUGUUUACCGAGCUGUCCAUGGAUGAAGUACACAAACUGGAGCAGCUCACGGGGGCAGGGAUCAACAAGGCCAAGAUUGUACUCGCAGAUGAAACAACCAAGUUGCUUCACGGGGAAGCGUGCUUGAAGGAGAUCCACCAGACUGUCAAGCAAGUGUUCGCUGGAGGGGUUGGGGGAUCCAAUGCAGCUCUUCCAAGGGCAAAAAUAGAGAGCGCCGAGGCCGAAGCUGGUAUGGCCGUUGUCGAUCUCUUCAUUCGAUUAGAGCUGGCCAAGACAAAGAGUGAAGUGCGGAGGCUGAUCAAGGGUGGUGGUGCGAAGUUGAACGACCAAAAGAUUGUGGAUGAGGGCUUCGUUGUAGACCUGUCUACAUUCGACGGGAAGGACGAAUUGAAGCUCUCCAGCGGCAAGAAGAGGCACGGCAUCAUUUUCAUGGAGUGAAAGCACCUCUACAUUUUCUGCUGACCGCCGCUAUCACGGAAUCCGUUUUUCGCUUGCCUAGGGUAUGGUGUGAGUGGAAGUGGAACACGUUAACUAGGUGGAAGCAGUCAAGUUACCCCCCCCCCGUUUUCUUUUUCACAAGAGGAAAAUCAGCUAUGUACGAAGUAGUGGUGUGUGCCGUCCCCAUCAGGUUGAUGCUAUCCUAUGGAUGACCAUGCGCGAGGCCAGUGUUGCCAACUUCACAUGACCCUUUGCACGUGAGUGUGUGUGAGAGAGACAUGUGUGCAAAAGUUGGGGCGCACCGGGGGAAGUUGAUUAUAAACGAGCAGGCGAUGGCGCCGCGGAACAAACAGAUGCUGAGGCUAGCUAUACUCCAUCGAUUUCUGUGUUGAGGCAAACAGUGCUUGUUGUGUAGCCGACUUGAAGCAAGCGUCUCUAUGACGAAACCGAUUGCGCCAGGGUUGGACAACGCCCGAGGCAAACGAGCGUCUUGUUUUACCUGUUGGCUCUGUUCGUGGCGACGGCCACACCAACAGCAUUUUUGUUGUGCACCCAUGGUGCGCGCAAAGUACGUUCAUUCUUGGGGGCGGAACGGGGGCUGAG